AUGGACCUCCAUCAGGCCAAUAGAUGGCGCUGUUGCACUGUUGUAGCAGGAGAAACAGCAAGUUCUGGCCAAGCGCUCACCAUUCUGCAGAAUAAGGACCAGAACUUUACAGAGGUAAACUGUGUCUGUUCUUUUACUAUUACAGCAGUUCAUCGUGGCCCUGUUGUUCGCCUCCUUCACCAAAGCUCUGUCAGGGACCUACAUGAAGAGUGCCAUCACUCAGAGAAACACUUUGACCUGUCCAGCUCUCUCAUUGGACUCAUAGACGGCAGCUUUGAGAUGGGUAACCUGCUGUUCCUGGCUGUGGUCAGCCAUUUGGGGGCGAAGCUGCACCGGCCCAGGCUCAUUGCUAUGGGCUGUUUCCUCAUGGCUGUAGGAUCCUUCCUCACAGGCCUGCCACACUUCUUCAUGGGACGAUGAAAUCUCGCUUCUUGUGACGGCCGGCCGCCCAACAACCUGCCCGCUUGACCCUAUCCCCUCCUCUCUUCUCCAGACCAUUUCCGGGGACCUUCUCCCUUACCUCACCUCGCUCAUCAACUCAUCCCUGACCGCUGGCUACGUCCCUUCCGUCUUCAAGAGAGCGAGAGUUGCACCCCUUCUGAAAAAACCUACACUCGAUCCCUCCGAUGUCAACAACUACAGACCAGUAUCCCUUCUUUCUUUUCUCUCCAAAACUCUUGAACGUGCCGUCCUUGGCCAGCUCUCCCGCUAUCUCUCUCAGAAUGACCUUCUUGAUCCAAAUCAGUCAGGUUUCAAGACUAGUCAUUCAACUGAGACUGCUCUUCUCUGUAUCACGGAGGCGCUCCGCACUGCUAAAGCUAACUCUCUCUCCUCUGCUCUCAUCCUUCUAGACCUAUCGGCUGCCUUCGAUACUGUGAACCAUCAGAUCCUCCUCUCCACCCUCUCCGAGUUGGGCAUCUCCGGCGCGGCCCACGCUUGGAUUGCGUCCUACCU